GAUUACAAUUUUACAAUAGCGGAAAUGGCUGGAGUGGGCACUUCCACCGUUUCAACCAUCGUCCAAGAAGUGUCAGAGUCCAUAGUCAACAAUCUCUGGGAUCAUUCAGUGGCCAAACACUUCCCAGAAGACGAAGCACAGUUCAAGGAAAAGAUGCUAGAUAUGGAAGAGCACUGGCAAUUUCCUUGCUGCUGGGCAGCGGUGGACGGUUGCCAUAUUCCGAUUAAAUGCCCUGCUGGAGGCCUAGAAGCUUGCAAGGAAUAUCAUAAUUUUAAGAACUUUUAUUCGAUUGUUCUUAUGGGGUUGGUGGACGCCAAAUACAGAUUUAUAUGGGCAAGCUGCGGUUUUCCUGGAAAUUCCCAUGAUUCAAUAAUUUUGCAGUCUACCGAUUUAUGGGAAAAAUUACAGGAAGGACAAGUAAUUCCUCCAUACGCCAAGACUGUUGAUGGGGUGGAUGUUUUCCCAAUAAUACUCGGAGAUUCUGCAUUUCCGUUCAAACCCUGGUUGAUGAAACCAUAUACCGAUGCCGUUUUGACUCCAAAACAGCGGUAUUUUAACUACAGACUGAGCAGAGCACGAAUGACAACUGAAGGUGCAUAUGGGCGGCUGAAAGGACGGUGGCGGGUGCUCCAAAGAAAAUGUGAAAGCAUCCCUGAGAAUGUACGAAGUGCGACCCUUGCCUGCAUCGUACUGCACAACAUAUGCAUCGAUAGAGGUGACACGGUAUCAACAAAACUGGACAUGACAAAUGACCCUGCAACAGGAGAGAGGAGAGACCGGGACAAAAUCCGCGCUCUGCUACACAUGAACCUGAGCCCACCAGUGAGGAACACCAAUAGACAAGCUGAAACCACUCGCAGCUGUCUAGCCACCAAGUUUUGGAGAGAAAAAGAGGGGCAUGGUGUUUGCUAAUGAACAGAAAUGAAAAGAAUGGACAUGUCUUGACGUACUCAUCAGCAACAGUUGAUCCAGGAAAUAACAUUUUCUUUGCCUUUUCCCCCUGGUAUUUGUAAAGUACAAUGUUAUUAAAAACAUGUUUAUAAUUAGUUUGCUCUUGUUGCACCCUUUACCAUUUUAUAAAAGUAAGUGAAAUUGUGGGGCAAGGAUUGGAGAUGACAGAGAAUACCAUUAUCACUUCAAUGUCCCCAGCAGCUAUAUGAUAAAACUUCAACUGAAACUUUGAUCUCAAUCACCCUCUGAAGAUGUUUCCGGUUAAGGCAAUGUUAAAAAUCUUCUAACACAAACAGAAAAAGUACUUAAACAUUUAGUUAUACAUGUAUUGUUCCUUUUGUUGUAUGUUUAACCCAAUAAUGAUCACUGCAAUUUCAAAAUAGUUUAAAUCACUCCAGUAUUCAUCAAAGCCAUCAUCAUUCAAAACAGUUCAGUACUUCAGUGCUCAACAGGCAAUACCUUCCUUUUGCAUUAAAAACAUGCACUGCAAAAACAGUGUUCUGCCUCCUAAUAUUUUGUUAAACAACUUGCUUGCCAUCACACAGUUUCUAAACAUGUCCUACCACAGCAGAAUGCUUGGUGCUUGCAAAUUAAACAUUUGGUAUUUUAGAACACCAAAAGCUCUGCUGCUACACACUGCAAGUGUUUAGCAGCUGAACUGCAAGUGUUUACUGGUAUGACAUGUUUGCAAACUGGUACACAAAUGUAGCAAGGAAGUGUUCAGCAAAAAGUUUAUAGUUUAGACAAUGUUUUUGCAGUUGAUGUAUUGAUGACUGGUUGAUACAAGAAUACAUUUUUUUCAACUUAUUCUCUUUUUUUUGGUAAAACAAAGAUGAAUCAUGCAGUGAGAUAUAAGCAGAGAAAUUGGCUCUCAAACUCUGCCUCCUGUAGCCUAGCUGGACAACUUUGUCAGGACA